AUGUUGCUCUCGCCUGAUCAAUUCUCAAGACUCAGCGAAUAUGCUUCCUACUCAAAUCGAAGGCUCAAAGACAUGCUUGUCGAAUUUCAACCAACGGGAAAAUUUUACGCAUACCUUGAUCUGGAUGAGCAGGGUAAUCAAACCAUCAAUAUGGAAGGCUUCAAAACUUUCCUCGCUGAGUAUUUUGAAGCAGAUUUACCUGCUGAACUCAUACACCAACUCUCGUUAUCAUUUUCAAAAACUCCAACUACUGAGCGACGAACGAGUGUUCUAGAAAAGGCCAUCUCUGUAGUGCGUGCAGAAAUCACGGAUAAUUUGCACAAACUUGAGAAGCUAGCACUUGAAGCCGAUGGUACGACAUUAGAGAACAUCUACGAAGAGGGUGCUCCUGAGCCUCCUGCUCCUCCUCCGCGAGAUGUUCCGGAAGCUCAGCAAUUGCCUACCACAGACGCUCAUCCACAUAAUUCUGCUCGCGCCCCCUCAGAACUGCGCAUCGGACUUAAACCGCUUAUCUGUACAUUAUCAUUAUUAGAAGCUGAUACAGCCGAAAACAAACUCGAAGUGGUUUUUCACGUCUAUGACUCGGAUGCGAAUGGUUUUCUCGACAAGAGGGAGAUCGACGGAAUCAUCGAGCAAAUGAUGAAUGUUGCACGAUAUCAGCAAUGGGAUACCAUAGAGUUAGAACAGAUCUUGCGCCAGCUGAUGGCAGACAUCGAUUACGACAACGAUGGAAUCGUUUCACUGGAAGAGUGGAGAAGAGGAGGACUCACAAACAUUCCACUUUUAGUCCUGUUAGGUGUUGAUACGGUAAGAGCAGUUUGGUGCUGA